AUGACGGCACUAACGCUUGAGACAGUGAUGCGCCGAUUUACGGAUGUACAUAGCGUUUCGCAAGAAGCUAUCGAAACCAUAUCCUUGUGGGUUAUGCACUAUAAAGACAAAAGAUCGAUUGACAUAAUUGUGGAAGCCUGGUUAGAGAGUUUCAAAAUUGCGAAAAAAGACGAACAGCGCAUUGCGUUAUUCUACAUAAUGAACGAUGUCGUUCAACGAGCCAAGAAUAAGCAUAUGGAUGUGCUCAUUCCCACUUUCCAGCCUGCAGUACUUAGCGCUGUGACUAUGGGAAAGAGCUCGCCAAGUGUGAAGCAUGCGAUGCAGCGAUGUAUAGACAUUUUCGGCGAAAGACAAGUCUUCACAGAAGCGAGUGUGAACGCCAUGAAAAACAUGCUCCAGUCUGAAGAAAAUGGAGAAGGAGACGAAAGUUAUGUCGAGCUGGAUUCUGAAGAAGUGUACAGGAAAAUAGAGCUAUUCGAGCGUGGUCGCUUGAUAGUGACUCGUGGGAUGGAAGUGAUCAGAAAUGGCGAUUUCGACUGUAGAGCCCUCAUGAAGGAGCGUAUGAGAGAUCGAACGGUUGCAGCACAGUUAGUUAUGGAGACACAGCAGGUCCUCAGCCAGAUAACAUCCUUUAGACACUCCAUGGAGGAACAGAAAAGGAAAAUGUUGCAGCUCAUAGAGACACUUGAGCUUGCAAAGCGGAAUUUCUCUCAUCAGCUGAAGGAUGUGACUGUUGUUGAAGACGCUUAUCAAAAGUACUUCCAAGGAAUUCGUGAAGUCCAUGCUGACUUACUGGAAAUGGAGAAAUCAGGGAUCUAUCCUGCAGCCACUCCUCCCCGAGAUGCUCCUUCACCCACAGCCAAUGACGAUAUCUACGCGACUGGAGUUGAAAAUGCGAUGCAAUCCUUCCGUGUCCCUGGUGCAAGGGACAAUAUGGAAUCAGCGGAUAUGGACCUAGACGAUGAUUCAGCUCCCAUUGAUGUAGGCGGCACGUCUCCUCUCUCAGGGAAUCUACCUCCUCCUCCCGCUCCUCCUGCGUUGCUUGAAGGGCGACCACCUGCUUUUCUGGCGUCGACUACACCUCAACAACCAAUAAUGCCGAUAUCUCAGCUGACCUCAAACGGUAGCACAGUCUCUCAAUUUCUCAACAACUCCAACACGAUACCACAAUCAUUCCAAACCCAACCUUCCAACACGAUGCCACCAUCUUUCCAACCCCAACCUUCCAACACGAUGCCACCAUCCUUCCAAACCCAGCCUACCUACGGGGUGUCUCAGUCUCAGCCAUCUACUUUUGUUUCACCAACGAAUACGGCAGUGGCUCCGCCUUCAGCUGGACAACCAUCUAGUUUUACAGGGGGACAUAAUCUUUCAGUACCUCCUCCAAUUGCCACUCAACCGCCUCCAAACAUUCAGGCGUUGCUCAAAUCUAUACCUAGCCUCCAAACUAUUCAGCAGGCUACGGCAGCUGCUGCAGCCGCCGCCGCUGCCGCUGCAAACAACCAGAGGCCCACACAGAAUCUUCCACCGAUGAACUAUCCUCCUCCUGUUGCACAGCAGAGAUUCGGUGAUGUAGAUGAGCGUAUUCAGCCGGUCCAACAGAUACCAACAGUACAGCCCAUGCAACCAGUACAGCCCAUACAACCGGUCCAGACAAUGCAGCCGCCAGUCCAGCCAAUGCAACAACCAAUACAAACAAUACACCCAAUACAGACAGUUAUCACACAACCUCCAUCUCCCAAUUUUCAUAUGCCUCCUCCAAGACCUCAGCAGCCUGUGUAUGCCGAAGAAGGACCAUCGAAUCUAGAUUAUCAAGCGUCAGUUCCUGGCGGUGACCACGAGCAUCACAACGGCGACAGUACUUAUUACGGUGAGGGUGGUCGUGAUGAGUUCUACCAAAAACCGCCGCCUGGUCAGCAGUUUCAUAACAGCGGAAACUUCGGAAACUUUUCGUCACCUGGUAGAGGAAGGCCACAUGGUGGUGGAUUCUAUGGUCGUGGAGGUGGUAGAGGUGAUCAAUGGAGAAAAUCUGGCGACUUCCGAGGCGGUCGCGGUUUCGGCGGCCCUCGAGGGAAUCCACACAAUCGAAGUAGAGGUGGUCCGCAUGGUGGAGGUGGAUUUCAAGGCGGAGGUUUGUCAGGGAUGGUCCCGAAGGCUGUGGAGGAUUUUGACGCUGAAGAACAUGAGGUUCAUGUCGAUGUCAGUAAUGCUGAAGCGGAUGGAAGGGAUACGGCAGAUAUCUUCCGAAUCCCGAAAACCCUUACACUUGGACCUGCGGUCAGGAACACUCCACAGCAGAUUGCCUCCAAACGUUCGUUCUGGCGGAAUUUCUUCGCUGACAAGAAAAAUGUGAAAGUUGUUGCGCCAAUGGUUGAUCAGAGUGAACUGGCUUUUCGCAUGUUCAUGCGGAAGUAUGGCGCCCACAUCACAGUUACGCCGAUGAUCCACGCUCAUUUAUUCGUCAACGAUCCAACUUAUCGACGAAACUCGCUUGCAUUGUGUGAAACUGAUCGCCCACUAAUUGUUCAGUUCUGUGCUAACAAACCCGACACGUUCCUUGCCGCUUGCCGAUUGGUGGAAGGUCUUUGUGAUGGAGUAGAUCUCAACUUAGGCUGUCCGCAAAUGGUCGCCAAAAAAGGACGAUAUGGAGCGUACUUACAGGAUGAAGUCGACUUGGUCUGUUCGAUGGUGUCUGCUGUGAGGGAUUUCUGUGCAUUACCCGUUUCAUGCAAAAUUCGCAUCCGAGACUGUCCUAAGCAAACUAUCGAAUACGCUCGAAGAUUAGUUGAUGCCGGAGCUACAAUGUGGGUGAAAUAUAGAAUUCAGUCAUUCUGUCGUAGUAUUCGCUUGCUUUCUUUUAGGCUAACUGUUCAUGGCCGUACUCGUGAAAUGAAAGGAGCCGACACUGGUUUAGCUGAUUGGUCCCGUAUAAGAGAAGUGGUCGAGGCUGUGGAUGUCCCAGUAGUGGCUAAUGGGAAUAUACAGAUGCCUGGCGACGUUGAGCGAUGCCUUGCUGAGACAAAAGCUGCUGCUGUGAUGUCGGCUGAGGGCUUGCUUUAUAAUCCUCUGCUUUUUGUGAAUAGGAACGAAGAAAGCUGGUUGGUGGCCAAGGAAUACCUCGAGUAUGCCCGUAGGUACCAAGCUGGUACAAGCGCUGUUCGUGCUCAUAUUUUUAGGAUCUGCCAUCACAGCCUUUUGGAGUUCGCUGACCUACGAAUGCGAGUAUCUACUGAACACCGUUUGGAGGACUAUGAAUCGAUUGUUGAGGAACUUCGUAUACGAACUCGGGCUGUUGCUGAUAGUGAAGAAGCACGUCACCGUAUUGCAUUGGCGAAAGAGCUUUUCGAGCGGAUUCGAUGUGGCGAUGAAAAAAUGGAUCCCAUUGAAGUAUCUCGAACACCGCACUGGAUCUGUAAACCGUACUUCCGCCUAUCAGAGAUGGCCCGUGAAACUAUUGUUGGUGAAGGGGAAAAGACCUACAAAGAGAAAAGAAAGGAGCAUCUUCAAAAAAUUGCCGAUGAAAUGGGUUUAUCUCUGAAGCAAGCACGGAAGCGGGAGCGUAGGAAAUUGAAUGGCCAGAGAACAAUAAUCUCAAAAAGGAUGAAGUUUCCCCCGUGCACGCGAUGCACGCAACCAGCUGGACAAGGUUGUGCUUACGUGUUCUGUAAAAAGUGCUGUCGUUGGACGUGCAAGCAGAAGGGGUGGGAUUGCAAUGCUCAUCGAUUCAAAUACGCGCAUACGGCUGUGGAACAAAGCGAGGAAAAUGAAUUGGUCGACGACGUCUCGGAGAACUAA